AUGGCGGGCAACUCCGCGAGCCUGUCGAGCAUCACCGGGGGCGGGCUCACGUCCGGGUCGCAGGGCGGCGACAGCGGGGAUGAGCCGUGGGGCGACAGGGAGUGGGUGCGGGAGGCGGUAGAUAGGCUGGGGGCCGUCACGCCCACCAACCUGGACGCGCUGGACGACGUCAAGCGCCAGCUGCGGGGCUCCACCAGGCUCCACUUCGACUUCACGCAGUGCGGGGGCAUCAAGGCUCUUCAAGGGCUAUUGGCCAAGGGGAACAGCAUCAUACAAAUGAAGUGCAUGGUGUCUCUGGAGGCGCUUGCUGCGAACGAAGACGUGAGGUCAAGUUUCAGGGAAACGGGAGUUGUCGAAUUUAUACUGCGCCUCAUUCAAUCGAGUGCCAGAAAACCCCAUUCCAAACGGAGACAUUCUGGUGGGGAAAUAAUCAGACUACUAGCAGGUUGCCAGCCACGCUGCGGCACUCCACUGAACAGCCGGUGCACUAGUGACAUGCGGCGUGUGGGUGGACCCUCUGUCCCGGAGGCCAUGUUCCAGGUGGAGUGUUUGAGGGAGCGACCCCUGCCGUUGUGGUACCACACCUCCAACUCCAUACUCCCCUGGGGCACGGAGGCUGUGGCAUGUCUUGUGGACAUCCUCAUGGCCAAUGUGGGCGACCGAAUUCAGGAAGCUGCUGAGCACAUCAUAAAAAAAAUUUUGCAUGUUAGCCAAUUCACAGCCCACAUCAUAAUCGAGAAGAGGGACAUUGCUGCACUGGUGGAAUUGGUAACCGUGGUGAAUCCCACUGCGGUGCUGGGCAUGAAGGUGCUCACCUUCUUGUGCAUUAUGCACCCCUCCAACGAGGUGACCUUUGUGCGCACGGGGGGCCUGACAGCCAUGGUCCAGGCCAUGCGGGCAGAUGCACUGAGUGGCACAGUUUGCGGGGAGAUGGCCGCAUGGUCCACAGCAUAUUUUGGCUCCAAGUCAGUUGAGAAUGCCGAACGGCUCCUGGAAAUGGGGGUGGCAGACGUGCUGGUGGAGAUGCUGCAGUCCACGGACUACUGCUCCCGAGAAGCUGCCGCAAGGGCAAUGCUUUGCACUCUACAGUCCAUGGCGCAGGCCGGAAGCGAUGGAAGGAUCAUGUUCUGUGAAGCCAAUGCCAUUCCAGCUAUACUAGGGGUCGUUCAGGAUGGAGGGUACCACUCUCGGCAACAAGAAGUGCUCUUGGACCUCAUCAGGAUAGCAUCCGAGUUUGCGAGGGUGGAGGAGUACAGGAAGGAGAUGCUCCGUGCUGGUGCGCCAGAAACCAUGAACGAGGGCCUCACAGGCUGCAGUGCGGCUGUCCUGGAUGCUUCAAAGAAGCUGCAGAAGCUGCUUAUGCCCAACAGAGUGCUCAGACCCAGACAGUGGCCUUCACAGCCGAUGUUCCAGCCACCAGAGAGUUGGAUGGGAGAUGGCUGUGGCGGAAGAUUGCUGCAAAGUGUAUCAUUGUGCUUUCGGAGGAGCGAAUCUUAUCGCAUCCAUGACGCAGAUGCUGUUGCAGCAAACGCCCUAGCUGGAGCUCCCCUGGAUUUAUGCCAUUGGUCGAGCCAGCCGGUUGAAGAAGUACCCCAAAUAAGAACCAGAAACCGAAUGGAAUGGGUGGAGUACGCCUGGGAAGACAGUCCCCGCGGGCGGGAAAACCUGGACACCAUCGACGAGCACCAAGUCUCCAACAGCGGGCUGACGGAUGUCAUGAGGACGGCCCUGUACAGCGAGACGUCUCCGCCCACCCGCCGUGGGAUAGGACGCCACUCGCUGGAGCCGCGGGUCCAUCAGGAGGGGUUCAAGGGGCCCAGCUCCGCCAGCUUGACGGGAAGGUCCACCUCAGGCAGUCAAUCCGACCUGUUCGCAAGCGACGACUUUGUCUGA